GCCUCCCUUCCCCCCUGCCGAGGCCCGACGGCUGUCAACCCGGGGCGGCCUCGGCUCCCCGCCCGCCCCUCGGCUUCUGCGGCCCCGCGGGCCCUUCCGAUCCUGGCUGCACUUUGUCCUGUGUGCGUCUCGCUGAAUGUUGGCUUCCCUUCCCCUUGUCAUCGGCCAGACUUCGCCGCCCGGCCGCCGUUCACCGCUGUCUCCCUGCCCCUCCCUUGCCGUCUCCGCGCUGCGAGCUUUCCCACCAGGAGGCUGUCUUACUUUGUGAAAGUUGCUUACUUCGCAUCCCACACCGCCCCCGCACCCAGCCACCCACCCAAGACAAAAGCCACGCUUUGCUCCCGCCCUGCCUCGUCCGGAAGUGUCACGCGGGGGCUUCUGCCCCCUGACCGGGACUCUUCCUAGGGGCUCUCAGCUUGACGCCAAAAAAGCAAAACCAAACAAAACCGCUAGUGCAGAGGGUGGCCGCGGAAAAGGCGAGGUUGCUCCACUGGCGUUAGGUUAACUGACACACUGACUGACGAGCCCUCCGCUUAAAGCGCUGAUGGCUCUGGCCCUCUGACACCCUUGGUCGCCUUCCCGCUACCUUCUUCCCGCCGAUCUUGGCCGGUGCCAGGCCCCGAGGGCACCGGUCCCCCGCCCCGCCCGCCCCGAGUGUUUUCAGUUUGAUUUGCACUUAGGUUCCUGGCAGUGAAGAGAGAAUACUGAAGAAUAGACUCUCAAGAUGAGUAAAAAGCCUCCAAACCGUCCUGGAAUCACUUUUGAGAUUGGUGCUCGUUUGGAGGCCCUGGACUACUUACAAAAAUGGUAUCCAUCACGAAUUGAAAAAAUCGACUAUGAGGAGGGCAAGAUGUUGGUACAUUUUGAGCGCUGGAGUCAUCGUUACGAUGAAUGGAUUUACUGGGAUAGCAAUAGAUUGCGGCCCCUUGAGAGACCUGCAUUGAGGAAAGAAGGGCUAAAAGAUGAAGAAGAUUUCUUUGAUUUUAAAGCUGGAGAAGAGGUUUUGGCUCGUUGGACAGACUGUCGCUAUUAUCCUGCCAAGAUUGAAGCAAUUAACAAAGAAGGAACAUUCACAGUUCAGUUUUAUGAUGGAGUAAUUCGUUGUUUAAAAAGAAUGCACAUUAAAGCCAUGCCCGAGGAUGCUAAAGGGCAGUUUCUGUUCCAGGUGAAAUCCCAGCAUCCACUAAGCUGGUGUUGUCCUAUCGACCCAGCUGGAUCGUGUAACCAGUCUAUGGGAAGUGAGGACUGGAUAGCUUUAGUCAAAGCAGCUGCUGCAGCUGCAGCCAAGAAUAAAACAGGGGGUAAACCUCGAACCAGCGCCAACAGCAAUAAAGAUAAAGAGAAAGAUGAGAGGAAAUGGUUUAAAGUACCCUCGAAGAAAGAGGAGACUUCACCUUGCAUAGCCACGCCAGAAGUGGAGAAGAAGGAAGACUUGCCUGCAUCUAGUGAGACAUUUGUAGGACUUCAUGUAGAGAACAUUCCAAAGAUGGUCUUUCCACAGCCAGAGAGCACAUUAUCAAACAAGAGGAAAAAUAAUCAAGGCAACUCAUUUCAGGCAAAGAGAGCUCGACUUAACAAGAUUACUGGUUUGUUGGCAUCCAAAGCUGUUGGGGUGGAUGGUGCUGAAAAAAAGGAAGACUACAAUGAAACAGCUCCAAUGCUGGAGCAGGCGAUUUCACCUAAACCUCAAAGUCAGAAAAAAAAUGAAGCUGACAUUAGCAGUUCUGCCAACACUCAGAAACCUGCACUGUUAUCCUCAACUUUGUCUUCAGGGAAGGCUCGCAGCAAGAAAUGCAAACAUGAAUCUGGAGAUUCUUCUGGGUGUAUAAAAACCCCUAAAUCACCACUGUCCCCAGAAUUAAUACAAGUCGAGGAUUUGACGCUUGUAUCUCAGCUUUCUUCUUCAGUGAUAAAUAAAACUAGUCCUCCACAGCCUGUGAAUCCCCCUAGACCUUGCAAGCAUAGUGAGCGGAGAAGAAGAUCUCAGCGUUUAGCCACCUUACCCAUGCCUGGUGAUUCAGUAGAAAAGGUUUCUUCUCCCUCUCCAGCCACUGAUGGGAAAGUAUUCUCCAUCAGUUCCCAGAACCAACAAGAGCCGUCAGUACCAGAGGUGUCUGAUGUUUCACAUUUGCCACUUGAGAAAUUGGGACCUUGUCUUCCUCUUGAUCUAAGUCGUGGUUCCGAAGUUACAGCACCACUAGCCCCAGAUUCCUCUUACCAUAAUGAAUGUCCCAAGUUAGAAAAGGAAGAUACCCAAAUACUUACAAACCCUUCCAAAGCAGUCAGUGAUGGAAGAGGAGCUCCAACAGCAGCAGGAAUAUCGAAAACAGAAAAAAAAGUGAAAUUGGAAGAAAAAAGCUCCACUGCAUUUGGGAAGAGAAAAGAAAAGGAUAAGGAAAGGAAAGAGAAGAGAGAGAAAGAUCACUACAAACCAAAACAAAAGAAGAAGAAGAAAAAGAAAAAGAAAUCUAAGCAGCAUGACUAUUCAGACUACGAAGACAGCUCCCUCGAAUUCUUGGAAAGGUGCUCUUCUCCACUUACUCGAUCUUCUGGGAGUUCUCUGGCUUCACGAAGCAUGUUUAUGGAGAAAACUACGACCUAUCAGUACCCAAGGGCGAUUCUGUCUGUCGAUCUUAGUGGUGAAAACUUAUCAGAUGUGGAAUUCCUAGAUGAUUCUUCAACGGAGAGUUUGCUUCUGAGUGGCGAUGAGUACAAUCAGGACUUUGAUUCAACCAAUUUUGAAGAAUCUCAGGAUGAAGACGAUGCUCUUAAUGAAAUUGUGCGAUGCAUUUGUGAGAUGGAUGAAGAGAAUGGCUUCAUGAUUCAGUGUGAAGAGUGCCUGUGCUGGCAGCACAGUGUGUGCAUGGGGCUGCUGGAGGAGAGCAUUCCAGAGCAGUACAUCUGCUACGUCUGCCGGGACCCUCCUGGUCAGAGGUGGAGUGCAAAAUACCGUUAUGAUAAGGAUUGGUUAAAUAAUGGGAGAAUGUGCGGGCUAUCGUUUCUAAAAGAAAAUUACUCUCAUCUCAACGCCAAAAAGAUCGUUUCCACACAUCAUCUGCUUGCUGAUGUCUAUGGUGUUACAGAAGUACUACAUGGGUUACAGCUGAAGAUUGGAAUACUGAAGAAUAAGCAUCAUCCAGACCUUCACCUCUGGGCAUGCUCGGGGAAGCGCAAAGACCGAGAUCAAGUCAUGGCGGGGAUAGAGAAAAAAGUAGCAGUGCGAGACACAGGUACCCCAGAAGACAAGAAAUACGGACAGAACCAUAAAGAGCCGCCUCGUUUGCCCCUAAAAAUUGAAGGAACUUAUAUUACAAGCGAGCACAGCUACCAAAAGCCACAAAGUUUUGGUCAGGACUGCACAUCUCUCGCAGACCCUGGGAGCUCAGAUGAUGAUGAUGUUAGUAGUUUUGAAGAAGAACAAGAAUUCUGCAUGGGAGAUAAAACCCGUUUACAAUUCUCAGCAAAGGAGCAUAGAGUGCCUGAAAAGAAGAAUCCAGCGGAAGGGAAUGUGGUGUUUGUUUAUAAUGACAAAAAGGGCUCUGAAGACCCAGGAGACUCACAUCUUCAGUGGCAACUCAAUCUCCUGACACACAUAGAAAACGUGCAGAAUGAAGUCACCAGCAGGAUGGACCGAAUAGAAAAAGAAGUUGAUGUUCUGGAAAGCUGGCUUGAUUUCACAGGGGAACUGGAGCCACCAGACCCUCUGGCAAGACUACCCCAACUUAAACGCCACAUAAAACAGCUCCUAAUUGACAUGGGGAAAGUACAACAAAUAGCAACUCUUUGCUCUGUAUGACAGCAGUGAAAACUUAAUGAAAAGAUUGUGGGUCUCUUUAGGCGAAUCACUUUUACUCUCCACGUGACUGCCAAGUGGAUAGUUAAAAAGCUUAGCAACGUUUGGCCACGAACUGCUUUGUGAUGUCCGUGGGAUGGCGCCUUGGAAAGCAAAGUGAAGAACAGCUUUAUCAAGGAAGCUUACACGGAAACCUCGUGAGCAGGCUUCGAGCGAGCCUGUGUUGUAUGCCAAGCAUCUCUGAAGCAGAGUAUCAUCUAUGCUAAGGGCGUCGAAUUUGCAGGAUUUGUGAAUAGUUGCUUAUGUGAAGCUUGAGAUGCCAUAGAAAUGUGGUGUAUUUAUAUGGAUGUUUGUAGAAGGAGUCACGUUUAGAAGCCAGCAUUUGGCCAAAAACAAAAUUGUAAAGGAAAUUGAAAUUCUAGAGAGUUCUACAAGGUUGUUCUAAGAACUGUCUUCUCAGCAGUUGGAUCCAGCUGCACGGAAGUUUAGGUUGUUUAAGCUUUUAGAGGAUCAUGAGCUAUUUCUUGGGUAAUGAAUGUCCUUAAUCAGAAAACUGACGGUAGAAGUCUCACUUCUGGGAAGAAUAAUUGUGGAGUUCUUACUUCAUUGUGAAUGUAUUUGAAAAACACCAAAUAAUUGGAAUUUAUUGCGGGCAUUAAGCUCAUUAGAAACAAACCACCUUGCGGAAGAGUCUGAUGUGCCAAAUGUUGAUGAUCCUGCUGGGAAGAGGAUUUUAAAUAUUGUGGGAGUUCUCUCAUGCCCAAUUUUCCAUCUAAGACCAGUACAUCACAUGUGCUGUGUAAAGAGUUGAGAGGCAGUAUUCAGGAUUCAGCGUACGGUCUGAGCCUGAAUGUGCUGGGUGUUUGCCUUCACAGAAAACCUGUACAUAACCUCAGCUGGGAUGAGGAGUGACAGAAAUAUCAAAAUAACUUGUGGCUGUGGAUUUUUCAACUGCUACUAGCAGAAUACUGGAAAAGCUUCAUUUCUGAAGAUGAAUUUUAUUUUUAAAAAAUACAUGCGCACUCAAAACUUUUAGCUUUGAUUACAAAUGGACAGAUUUCUGAACCAAAGGCAACUAAGUUGCUGUCUUAGCUCUUGCUGGAUUUUGAGCCUAGGUCCUACUGUGUGCUGGUCCUCAAGUGAGUUGUUCGCGCCCAGUGCUCCAUACGCAGGUAUGCGGAAGUGUGUGUGCUUGUUCUAAACAGACACUCAGUGUACGUAUGUACAUAGUCUACACAUAUUUAUAUCACACAUACCUAGUUUUAUUACCAUAGACUAUACGAAUUGGUGGUUAACAUGAAAUGUUACCUUUUAACAGACUGUUUUUAAAAAUUAAAAGUGUAUGUACAGGUUUUGAAAUUUUUUUAAGGGGGAAAAGGACUGUUAAGAGGAGGCUAUUUGAUGACUAUAACACUUGAAUAUUUUAUGCCUCGUUCUGUUUAUCAGUUCUAGCGAUCUGUAUAAAUGCAUUUGAGAACUGAUAGACAGUAAACUUGAAUUUAUCUUUGAUAAGAAUACAUGCCACUGUACAUUCAGAUAUUAUUUAAAUUUGCAAACACACUGUUCUAUAUGUAAGGUACUGUAUGUAAACCCUUUAUUAAAACUAUUCCACAUAUCCUAAAAUUUCAGCUUGCCUUUUUGCGGCCUUAUAUUUUAAUGUAAAGACUAAAAGAAUGUGCAAAACAGAAACUUUUAUUGCCUUUUGAGAUUCUACAACUUGACAAAUGUGCCAAAGAUGAACAGACAUAAAAUAUGGCCCUGUGUGUUUACUUGUGACGAAGUGACUUUGUCAGAGAUCUUGCUGAUAAAUGGAAAGCUCUAGCAGAGGUGAUAUUGUGGGGUAGUCGCUUAAAUUUGCCUAUUAAAGUGAAAAAAAAAAAGUGUGUUCUG